ACUCUGACAUGUUACCCAACUCUCACUUCCUCUUCAAUGGCAACCAAAGCACGUAGGCUUCAUGUAGUCACAGGGCACUGAUAAUGCAGAUAUUAGCUGCUCUCCGCAGCCGAGCUUUACUUCGGUAUUAUGAAGACUUUAUUACUAGUCAUUCUGGGGGGAAAGGCCCGAUGAAGACUGUCGAGUCAAAAGAAGGCAUCUUGUUAGUCUCCAUUGCACAUGACCUCAUUUUUAGUGUCCGUGCUCACUAACACGUGUUUUACUCGCUGCUCUUUGACAAAAGGCUCACAAAAAUGUUGAUCCUAUUUGUACUUUUUUUCAGUCUCACGAUCGUUUCAGUGGGUAAUGCAACACUGGUGUACGUUAACACCACUAUCACCGACUCAGCAGUCCUCGAAUGUAGUAUACAAAAUAAAAAUAUCACCGACUGGAGUAAUGUUCGUUUUUAUUGGCAAGAUAACAGGGAUUUUGUGUUGUAUUCCUAUAAUGAAGGAAGAAAGAUGGCUGAGCAUGUAAAUGACUACUAUAAACACAGGGUCUCAGCCUUCCCUCAGGACAUAAUUAGAGGAAAUAUCAGCAUCAUAAUCAAAAACCUGACUCUUGAAGAUAACGAAAGGACUUUCUGGGCUUUUGCGGCAGUCUUGGACGGCAGCGUGAUGAAGAAAUACCACCUGGAACACACACAGAUCUGCCAAGUAACUUUACAGAUCGGUGUUCCUUAUCAGAAUCCCAGGCUAGAUGUUAAUAUGAAAACAAUGACUGCAGUGUGCACUACCCAAGGAGGAUUUCCUGCCCCUGAGAUACAAUGGGUCCUCCUCUAUACCAGCUCUCAUCAAUCAGUAGAGUCGAGGAACAUCCAAACUACAACGAUGCAGAAUUAUCACGACCGCCUUUACAGCUCCCGCAGCACCCUACUAAUCCCUGCAGGUCCUCACGAGGCCGUGAGCUGUCUCAUCCACAACCCGACUUUGAACACGACAAUGAGGGCCACCGACACUUUCAGCAAAGGUGCUGGAGUGACGAGCUCCCCUGAAUGUCUGAUAUCUGCUGCUGUGUUUCUUCUAACAGCUCUACACUGGCUGUGAUUCACAGCAAAGGUUUUUUCUCUUUCGGAUCUAUCAUGUUAAACAGCCACCUGACAUAGACUGAUCCACCCAUCCAUGUUCUGCUGUUGGUACCAGGGUCUGGUUUUGGUAAUGGACUACUCCAGAGGAGUGAUUUUACCUCAUGCUGAAAAUACUUCGUGCCAUGGAGACACUUCUACUAUCCAAAAUUCAAACUUACUAGUUUAAUUCUUUUGCAUGUUUCACCCUACCUUUGCAUCAUUAUAAUCUCCUCCUGGCUGUCUCUUCAGCAGUAAGUAGAGAAAAAGAAGGGCAAUCACAGGGCAAACCACUGUGGCAAUUUUUAAAUGUUAAUACUCUUUGUAAUUUAUUUUUCUUGACUUACUUGUU